UGUAGAGCUUUAGACUUGAAAUGCAGGGGCCUUAGGUUUUAUUCACAGUUCAACCGCUUACUUCUCCUCUCAUAUUGCAACACUUAAUAUGACUGACUUUAUUUUAAAAAAAAAUGUUUUUAAUCUUUGGUAUGUUCAUCAGAACCAAGCUUAAGUGACUGCAUGAAGAGGCUCAAGAGCUAGUUAACUCAAUAACCAUGGGGUUUUGUCUAUGAAUGAAAGAGAUUAGAAAACAAAAUGAAGCCAUCUUUCACCCUAAUCAUCUCGGCUAUAUUCCUAGCAUACAUUGCUCACUCUAUGUAUGUUAUCUAUGGAAUUUUCUUCCCAGAGCAGUGUAAAAGUGGGGGAAGGUGUAUAUAUCCUUAUUUAUCUAGGAAACCUACUCCCAAAUUAGAGAUUCUUGUCUAUACAUCAGCCAUGAAAGCUAGUUUGAAAGAGAGAGAUCUUACUCUUGUUUGGAAAAAUUCCUCACUAGAUGUGUCCAGUACUGUUGAAAACACUGUGAAUGUAAGCCUUCCAAAGAAAGUCAGAAAUAAUGGUACCAUGUAUGUCCAUGUGUUUUUGGUGCCGCCUGGCCAGGAUCCAUUUGCGAGUCAAUACACAGUCCACAGGUUCUCACCCAUCACCACCUACACUCUUCCCAAGUCUGAAGUGUUCAGUCUGAUGGGAGACACACAGAAGAAUGAAACAAGUUUGCCCACAGUGCCAGUCUCCCACUGGAGACAAAAGAUCACCAUCAAUGUGAUGAAUGAACACCUGGCGCUGGACAGAACGGCCAUCCCACACGACAUCUACCGAUACUUCAAGGCUUCACCAGAUGGGGAUUACUUGCCUGUACUGUUCAUUGAUGAGCUAAGCUUCAGAGUCAGGGAUUUACUGCCAAUUAACAAAAGCUGUGACCAGAUGCCCCUGAGUAUAACAUACAGCCCCAUUUCCGUCGGAAAACUGCGUUUCUGGACCCACAUGUUACAAUCCAUUGAAACUCUACAUAAAUUUGGUGUUGAAAAUGAGCUCCCAGGUUUCACUGAGAAGGAUACGGAUGAACUAAAGGGAAUAUUUGCAGACACCAAUUUUUAUUUCCUUAUGAUGACCUUCGCUGUUGCUGCCUUCCAUCUGCUGUUUGACUUUCUUGCUUUCAAAAAUGACAUAAGUUAUUGGAGAAACAGAAAAAAUAUGGUGGGCCUAUCUUCAAGAGCAGUACUGUGGAGGUGUGUGUCCACUAUCAUCAUCUUCCUUUACCUGUGGGACCAGGAGACCAGUCUGUUAGUGCUGAUACCAGCAGGGAUAGGGGCCAUCAUAGAGGUCUGGAAAGUGAAGAAGGCUUUCAAGAUGUCUUUGGAAUGGAGUGGAUUGACACCCAAACUCUCGUUUGGACAGACGUCAAAGAAAGAGCAAGAAACAGAAGCGUUUGAUUCACAAGCCAUGAAGUACCUGUCCUAUGCCCUACUGCCAUUAUGUAUUGGAUUGGCUGUCUACAACCUAUUAUACACCCCACACAAAAGCUGGUACUCAUGGUGUAUAGAAAGUCUAGUCAAUGGUGUCUAUGCCUUUGGGUUCCUCUUUAUGUUGCCCCAGCUGUUUGUUAAUUAUAAGCUCAAGUCAGUAGCCCACCUGCCUUGGAGGGCCUUCACUUACAAGGCCUUCAAUACUUUCAUUGAUGACAUUUUUGCAUUCAUCAUCACCAUGCCCACGGCUCACAGACUUGCCUGUUUCAGAGAUGAUGUUGUUUUCUUCUUUUAUCUGUAUCAGAGAUGGUUGUAUCCGGUGGAUAAAUCUCGGGUGAAUGAGUUUGGAAUGAGCUUUGAGGAUGAGAAGAGCGAGGGCAAGCCUCUACACAAGAAGAAAAAGGAUUAAAUCCAUCAUUAGAUUCUACAAAUAUAGUCAUUAUUUAUUUUGAUUUUAUCAGAAUAUUUAUAAGUCUUUUUAUGUAUGAUUAGUUUUAUUGGAGUUUUCCUGAUGGAUGAAUUGUAUUAGCCGAUGGAUGAGUCUGUACCAUGAUCAGUUGUUGUCAAGGAUAAAGUGUUAGAAUGGGUUAUAGUCAACCAGUGCUGUG